CACUUCCGGUGUUGAUUCCAAUGAAACCCUACGUGGGGGACCAAAGAAGAAUCAACUACCCUUGCGGACAAAAUAUAUAAUUGCAAAAGAAAUUUUAUUUUUUCUUGUUUUCUGUUUUUCUUGUACAUCUUUUUGCUUUCAUAAUCAAGUGAUAAAUGAACAGUCAUCCUACAAAAAUUUUUAAAAUAAAUUUCUGAUAUGUCACAAUCAGCCUAAAUUGUUCAUUAUUAUCCUUCCAGGGGUUGAUGGAAGCUUAAUAAUUCAAUAUUUAUUUGUUAUUUUAGUUAAUUGGGUGGGAGGAAACAGUGGCUGAAAACGAUGUCGUGGUAUUAAUAAAUGGAAUACAAGAUAUCAACAUUGUGUAACCCAUAUAUUUGUGGUCUAUGAUUGAAUUGCGUUGAGCUUUUGUUCAAGUCUUUUUGGUACGGUUGUAGUUGUCGACUUAUUCCUUUGUUUCUUUAGUCAACCAUACUUUUUAAAUUCUUGCUGUUAAGGAAAACAAGUAAAAGGUAAAUUAAUCUAUCAGUUUAUCUGGGUUGAUAAUUUGACUAUUGUCUUAAUUUGCUUGUGCUUGCUUUGGAUUAGAAAGAUGAUGAUCUUGCAAUUGGGAGGAAAUUAGUUAGUUACAGCUUUCGAGUACCAGCUCAGUUGCAUCAUGAGUUGAACCUCAAUUUCGGUAUUUGCCUUUUUGGUGAAAUUAUGUACUUGUCAAACUAGAAAUAUAUUGUGGGGUAAUGCAGUGCUGAGAUUUUAGUGGAGCCGUGUUGCUUUUUUAUACAACAUGGAGUGGAAUGUAAAAUGGGAGUGGGGAAACACGAUGAUGUUUGGUUCAAAGGCUUGUGAAAGUCCGAAAGAACUGCAAUUAACAGAUUGGGGAGGAGUUGAUGAAGCGGGAGAACAUGAUGGUGGAUCCUUCAAUUUAUCAGGGUUUGGCAGUGGUUAUGGCUCUGACGUGGGGCGUUGUUCAAUAUCAGCUUCUACUGACUCGUCACCAAACGAGGGGUUGAAAGAAUCCAACUUCACUUUUGAAGCAUUUGAUGACUCUCAUGGGAAUCUCGGUAAGGAUGUGGAACAGUGCAAAGUUGAGCUAUCUAGACGUUCGCCACCUAUGGAGGCUUCGAUAGGCUAUGAUGGACCAUUGACUGGUUUGAAACUUGGUAAGCGAACAUUUGAAAGCAACAGUGGUGGAAGCAGUGUUAAGCUCCCCUCCAUCUCCAUGAUCCCUGUAUCAUCUGUUAUUGCAGCAAAGAAAACAAAAUCCUCUAGUCAGAAUGCACUAAUUCCGCGCUGUCAGGUUGAGGGCUGCAAUCUUGAUCUGUCUUCAGCUAAAGAAUAUCACCGAAAGCACCGAGUUUGUCACUGUCAUUCUAAAUUCCCAAAGGUCAUCAUAGGAGGUGUCGAGCGGCGCUUUUGUCAGCAGUGUAGCAGGUUCCAUAGCUUGUCUGAUUUUGAUGAAAAGAAACGAAGCUGUCGCAGGAGGCUUUCUGAUCACAAUGCACGCCGCCGCAAGCCACAGCAGGAAACUAUUCAAUUUAACUCGACGAGGCUUUCUUCAUGGUUUUAUGAUAAUAGGCAAUCAAUGAAUCUUGUGUUCAACAAUGACCCCCUUCUCCACUCUAAAACUGCUGCAGAUACUACCUGGGAAACCUCUGAAGUUUCCAAGUUCACAAUAACAAGAGGGUUAACUUUAAAACCUUACAAAGCUGACAGUAUUAAUGGAAAGUCACUUGUGGGAGGAGUCAAGCUUUCAGGGACCACUGAAAUGCAGACCAAUGCAUCUAACUUGUACUCGGCAUCCAACGCCACCACAGCCAAGGUCUUCAGGCAAGGUUUCAAGGAGACCAUGUUCUCACUAAAUAUGGGUGUGGCACCAGAAUUACCUCGUGCUCUCUCUCUUCUGUCAAAUAAUUCAUCAUCUGAGCAUGUAAACCAGAUCAGCAUGCCGGAGCAGGUGAUGCAUGCAAUUCCUCAGAGUUCGCCACUUGAGUCCGCUGAACACUGGCAGCCUGAACAACAUCUAUUCAAUCCACGAAUUCAUACGUCGGUUGCGAACGGUCACAGUGGCUGUAGCUUCCAGGAAAUUCACCUUUCCAAAGAUCCAUUUGACGACUUCUAUGUCAAUGGAUUGAACUGACACAGCAGAGACUACUCAGCCAACCCUCAAUGUCAGAAAAUGGAUUUCAAUUUUUGCUGGUUUUACAUUCUCCAGUUAAGCAGAUGGUUCAUAAGUAGGGUAUUGGAAGCAGCCUGUCAUUCUAAAGUGGUAGCAUUUAACACAAGUAAAUGGAGCUCCGGAUAUUGGACAUCCACUCUUGAAAGAAACCACGUAUGCCUUAAAUUUUACUUGCUUAAUAAAUCAAUAUGAGUUCUUAAGUGUUGUAUUCGUUUCUUGUUUCUUCACGUUGACAUGAUGUUACCACAGAUUUAAUGUUGAUAUCUGAAAACGCCGUGACACUGAGUCAAUUUAUCCAUCUAAAAUCGUUCUGAAAUAGGAUUCGGUUGAA